GUGUGUGGGAGCCUUUCUGUCUGCUACUUCCGCAGGCUGGAGGAAGGGCUCGGGGGAAGGAAAUGCUCUGGGGUUACAGGGCGGCCAAGGGGAAGGCAGCUGCUGUGACCUUUCUCCAACAGGGAGGGUUCCUGGGGCAGUGGCCUGGGAACGGGCCUGAAAAGAUGGACAACACGAAGCUCCUGAGGCCGUGUCUAGGCUGUGAGCUGCCCUAGGUCUGCAGAUCUGCUGGAUGUGGACUGUGGUCAUGGCCCAGCCACUAACCUUAGUUCUUGAUGUCCCUGAGACCCCAGGGGACCAGGACCCUGAGCUCAGCCCCUAUGAGGAGAGCGAGGUGCAUGACUCCUUCCACCAGCUCAUUCAGGAGCAGAGUCGGUGGGUGGCUGAGGAGGGCCUGGAGCUGCAGCAGGUGGCAGGAAACCUGGGGGCCCUAGCCAGCGGUCACCAGAUCCUGCUGGGGGCCGAGGGUGGCCCAGUCUACAGCACGGCCACACUCAACAUCUUGGCCAGCAUGCCCAGUCGGACCAUUGGCCGCAGCCGAGGGGCCAUCAUCUCCCAGUACUACAACCGCACAGUCCGGAUGCGGCGCAGGAGCAGCCGGCCGCCGCUCGGGCCCGUGAUGUGCUCGGCCCGGCCCAGCCUCCGCCUUUACGACCUGGAGCUGGACCCUGCAGCCCUGCAGGAGGAGGAGAAGCGAAGCCUCCUGGUGAAGGAGCUUCAGGGCCUGUCAGCAGCCCAGCGGGACCACAUGCUCCGGGGGAUGCCCUUGAGCCUGCAGGAGAAGCGCUUCCUGCGAGAGAAGAGCCGGAUCCCAAGGGGGAAGCAGAGGGGCCAGCAGGGCUGUGGCAGGGUCUUCUACUGCAGCCGGCUCCGAUACACCUGCGCCCUGGCCCUGCACAGCCUGGGGCUGGCACUGCUCACCCGCCUGCACGCCUUGAAGCCCUGGCGCUAUGCCCUGAAGCAGAUUGGAGGCCUGUUUGGCUCUAGUGUGCUCUCCUACUUCCUCUUCCUCAAGACCCUUCUGGCCUUCAAUGCAUUGCUGCUGCUGCCACUGGUGGCCUUCUUGGUGGCCGUGCAGGCUGCCUUCCCACCUGAGGCGCACCCUGUCCCCCGCUGCACAGGGCUGGAGCUCCUCACAGGCGGGGGCUGCUUCACCCACACCGUCAUGUACUAUGGCUACUACCGUAAUACCAUGCUGAACACGCCAUGCAGCUCCCCGCAGUGCAGCCCCGGAGCGGGCAGCCUGCCGUACAAUAUGCCUGUGGCCUACCUCUUCACUGUGGGGGCAACCUUCUUCAUCACUUGCAUCACCCUGGUAUACAGCAUGUCCCACUCUUUCGGGGAGAGCUACCGGGUGGGCAGCACCAAGGGUGUCCACGCCAUCACUGUCUUUUGCUCCUGGGACUACAAGGUGACCCAGAAGUGGGCCUCCCGCCUCCAGAGGGACAAUAUUCGUACCCAGCUGAAGGAGCUGCUGGCCGAGUGGCGGCUGCGCAGGAGUCCCCAGAGUGUGUGUGGGCGGCUGCGGCAGGUGACCGUGCUGGCGCUGGUGUGGCUGCUGUGCCUGGGGGUUGCGCUGGGCUGCGCAGUGGCCGUCCUCACCUUCUCAGAGGUCACAAUCCAGAGCCCCGCGGCUGCUGGCCGGGAGGCGGGGCUGCUGGUCCUGCCCGUGGUUGUCUGCCUCCUCAACCUGGCUGCCCCCUACCUGUUCCGCGGCCUGGCCACCCUGGAGCAGCACGACUCCCCGGUGCUGGAGGUGUACCUGGCUGUCUGCAGGAACCUGAUCUUGAAGAUGGCCAUCCUGGGUGUGCUCUGCUACCACUGGCUGGGCCGCAGGGUGGCCACCCUGCAGGACCAGUGCUGGGAGGACUUUGUGGGCCAGGAGUUGUACCGGUUCCUGGUGAUGGACUUCAUCUUCGCGCUCCUUGACUCACUUUUCGGGGAGCUGGUGUGGAGGCUCAUUUCGGAGAGAAGACUCAGGAGGCGGAAGCCUGAGUUUGACAUUGCGCGGAAUGUGCUGGACCUCAUUUACGGACAGACUCUGACCUGGCUGGGUGUCCUCUUCUCGCCCCUGCUGCCUGCUGUGCAGAUCCUCAGGCUGCUGAUCCUCUUCCAGGUGAAGAAGGCGAGCCUGAUGGCCAACUGCCAGGCACCGCGCAGGCCCUGGUUGGCCUCACACAUGAGCACCGUGUUCCUCACAUUGCUCUGCUUCCCUGCCUUCCUGGGAGCUGCCAUCUUCCUGUGCUAUGCUGUCUGGCAGGUGAAGCCCUCAGACACCUGCGGCCCCUUCCGGAGCCUGGACCGCAUGUAUGAGGCGGGCACUGUGUGGAAGCGGCACCUGGAGCAGGGGUCACCUGGGGCCCCGUGGCUAUCCUGGCUGCACUGGUACCUGGUGGAGAAUACCUUCUUCCUCUUCUUGGUGUCGGCCCUGCUGCUGGCGGUCAUCUACCUCAACAUCCAGGUGGUGAAAGGCCAGCGGAAGGUCAUCUGCCUCCUCAAGGAGCAGAUCCGCAAUGAGGGGGAGGACAAAAUCUUCUUGAUCAACAGGCUUCACUCUGUCUAUGAGAGGAAGGAGAGGAGCAGGGCUGGUAGAGCUGCGGAGGUUGCAACACCUGCCCUGGUUCCAGAUGCUGGGGACAAAUGAUGGGACAGCAAGGACCCAUCUAGCACCCCCACCGCUCUCAGUGCCACGGCCCUGCGGGCAGAGACGUGGACCUGAGGCCCCAAGAGACACCAGGGUGGUGCAGUGACAGCUUCUACUGUAGGCUGCAGCUGGGCCAGGAUGGAGCUGUAAGGGUGGGCAGGUGGGCUUGGGUUCCCCUACCGGAUCCUUCCUUCCCCUGCCCAGCUCUGCCCUGCCCUGCCCUGCCCUGCCUGGGACUUUUAUUUAUUCCAAUUAAAUGGAUUUUGCAAAA